AUGGUUCAUCUAAACGCUGCCACAUUACAUCUUCAUUACGAUAUAGAAAAGCCUGGUUAUCACGGGUUAGAUCGACGGCACUAUCCAGAAAAGCAUCGUUUUUCUUUUAGUGAAUCUGUUUUCAAGCCUCGAGGUCGUGCUCAUGUUCCACCUCCACCUCUAGAGGAUGUCAAAUGGCGUCCACAUGGUAAAUUUAUCGAACCAGAAUAUUCAAAUGUUGGGCCAGAUUGGCAUUCACGUUUACGAUAUAUUAAAUCUCCACGUAAUCCUGAUGCGCGUCCGACACUACCCGUUGCUGUCAUUGAACAAAAUCUACAUUUUGUUCGUUCAUUUCCUCAAAAUUGGCAACGUACAUCGAACGAAUGGAUCUAUUUCCCAGACGAGUCUUUUGAUCAUCGUCCGUCGAAAAGAAAUCGUUUUGCUGACAUGCAUCUUAGAUCGAUCGAAGAUCUAGGUGAUGAUGAUGUACAUAUGACACAAAUGGGACAUAAACGAAGAGUCUAUGAUUCACGUAACGGUAUUCCGAAACGAUCGGAUGGUGAUAAAAGUUAUCGUCGUGUUGAAUAUGAACCAGGUUUUCAUAAACUUGGUUCGACCCUACCUCCGAUUAACUUUGGAUACAAUGGAAAUCCAGAUGGACUAGAGAAGACUUUCAUUCCGAUGAAACGUGACACAGUUCAUGUCAUUGAUGAAGAAGAAUUCGAAGAGAAACAACGUCAACGUGAAUACGAUGAAUCCAUAGAUGAAGUUCGACAACUGGAUAAAUGGAAGCCUGCUGAAUGCUUAAAGAGCGCUUUUCAAGUGUUUCCUUCUGAUUCCAAAGAUAAACGUGCAAGCAAGCGUCGAUCAAACUUUCGAUAA